UACUUCUCCUUUUAUAAAUUUUUCUUUGAUUAAUAAAUCUUUCUUUAAAGAAAAAGAUUCUGUCCUUUCUUUACUCUGUAUACCUCCUUUAAUUACUCUAUAUGCUCUAUCCUUUACUCUACAUGCUUUGUAAUUACCCCUUUAUCUAACGUAAUUGAUACCAAGAAAUUCAAAGAAGAUUUAUUCCAUAUCCUGUAUAGGAUGCAAGAUAGUAGCCAUUUCCACGGACUCCCAAUUCUCUCAUUUAGCGUGGGUUAUCACACCCCGAAAGCAAGGUGGUCUGGGAAACAUGGAUAUAGCCAUUCUGUCCGACAAGAACCAUAAAAUUUCGAAAAUGUAUGGAGUGCUCGAUGAGGAGGAAGGAAUAUCCCUGAAGGCACUGUUCAUCAUCGAUGAAAAUCAAUUGAUUCGACAUAUUACGAUCCAUGAGAUAUGCUCUUCACGUUCCGUCGACGAAACACUGAGGAUUUUGGAAGCGUGUAAAUUCGUGGAUAAAUAUGGAAAUACCUGUCCUGCUGGUCCAAGGGAGAGUCUAUCUAGUGUGAACAACGAGGCAGACUUUUUUAAGGCAUAACCAUUAACGUAAUUUUUAUAGAGUCCUCUUCAAUUUUAUUUUCUAGAUAGGAUAAUCUUCUUUGAAUUUCUUGGUGUUUUAUAUUUUCUUUUCAUCGUCGAACUGAUUACCUCGUGAAAUUCUGAAACGAAACUCUUGCUGCUAUGAUUAGAUAAUCUGGUUGAUUUUGUGAUAAAUUUUGGUAUGGUGUAUUUUAUAUCUUUAUUUUGUGGGAGAUUAAUAAAGAGGAUAAUAAUCCUUGAA